CGUGCGAGUGGCGCAGGGGGCGAGUGCCAAGGCGCUAGUCAAUAAUCGGCCUGCGCCUUGUUCUCCAUCCACUUCACUUGUCUCACUUGCCGGCCAGCCGCCCUCGCUGCAACUCCUCCAACAUCCUCACCAACACCGACCACACCCACUCUCUUUCCAAACCGACCACCGCACUUCUUCGUCGUGUUCCGAGCGCCGCAACUACUGCACACGACUACCUUUCUUUGCGCACCCAACGUCCCGGACGGACGUGAGCAGGCUCACCAUGACUUCGUCCGUGUUCUUCAAGUUCAAGUCGUCCAAAGAGCCGCAACGCAUCCCCUUCGAUGGCACCGGCAUCUCGGUCUUUGAGCUCAAGCGCGAAAUCAUCAUCGCUUGCGGGCUAGGCGAUGGCAGGGACUUCGAUCUCUCUAUCUACAACGAAGACACUCCCCCGGAAGAGUACGAUGACGAUACCACCAUCAUCGCUCGGUCGUCUCUCGUUAUCGCCCGCCGACUUCCUGCGUCGAAGCCAGGAUGUGGCAAAGCAGCGCGAUACAUCUCCGGCACUGCGCCUGUUACCGCCCGCAAUACCCACCGAAAGGAAAACCACCUCGACUCGAAAGCCGCGUUCACAGCUACCACCAAGCCUGCAGACCCCAACAAGCCUAUGACCGAGGAGGAUAGGAUCAAGGCCAUGUUCAGCGCCAGCGGUGAUCAGUGGGACCAGCAACAGAAGCAGAUGGCAAGUGCUAAGCCUGUGUACCACAAGAAUUUCAACAAGAAGCCCGCAUCCGUCCCUGAACAUGACCCGCCCCCAGGCUACAUCUGCUACCGAUGCCACGAGAAGGGACAUUGGAUUCAGGCAUGCCCCACCAAUGACGAUCCCAACUUCAAGAGCCAGCCGCGCAUCAAGCGCACCACCGGAAUACCCCGCUCAUUCCUCAAGACGGUCGAAAAGCCGUUCGCCCUUACCGAAGACGGCCUAACGGAUAAUAGCAAGCAACCCUCGGGAGUGAUGGUGAAUGCUGAAGGCGAGUACGUGAUAGCAGAGCCGGACAAAGCAUCGUGGGAGCAAUUUCAGGCAAAGACCAAGGCGUCGGCAGCGCAGGCAGAGGCUGCGGAGACUGGCAGCAAAGAACUUAGGGACCGAGGUCUGGAGUGUCCUUUGGACAAUCGAAUGUUCGUGGAGCCAAUGAAAACUCCUUGCUGUGGCAAGACUUACUGCAAUGAAUGUAUCGAGAAUGCACUUGUUGAGAACGACCUAGUCUGCCCUAACUGCAACAAGGAUGGCGUGCUGAUUGACGACCUCGUCGCUGACGACGACAUGACGGCUAAGAUCAAAGCGUACGAAGAUCAGAAGAUCGCUGAACGCAGAGCAAAGGAGGUCCAGACUCCUGAAGCUAAAUCGUCUACCAAAGAUACUGCUACUAACCCUCCGAAGGCAUCGUCCGAAUCACCACUGUCGAAUGUCUCGAACUCAUCCAACACCACGUCGAACACCUCAGUAUCGACUUCCACACCUUACUCCGUCGCCGCACAACCCGGCACAUCGUCAAACAGCAAGAAGCGUCCAGCUGAAGAAGACCUCCAUAAUGAACGCAAACCAUCUCCGCCACGUGCUCCAGCUGCGAUGCGUCGCCAGCAAGAGCAAGCACAGCAGCAGCAGCAGCAGCAGCAGUGGCCCGCUUCCGUUCCUCGCAACGAACAAGAAUUCAUCGCCCAGAUGAACGCUCUCGCCAACAUUCCCCCUAUGACUUCCGCCAUGAGCAUGCCGGGAAUGUACUCGGCCGCCCCCAUGAUGGGCAUGAACCCCGCCUACGGUAUGGGUAUGCCAACGGGUAUGGGUAUGGGAAUGCCAAUGGGUAUGAACAACAUGCCAAUGAACAUGAACAACAUGGGUAUGAUGAAUGGCUAUCCUAAUGGCAACGGCUGGGGUAAUCAGCGACAACAACAACAGUACUACUCCAACGGAAACAACCAAAACUGGGGCCAGCACCAGCAACAACAGCCGAUGCAUCAGCAGCAGCCCGGCUCAUUCCCAAACCAGCAGCGCAAUGUCUUUUCCAACCCCGGACCGAAUGACGAGGACGCAUACUUCCGGAAGCCGGUCAACCCGCAUCGGGGCCGACCGAAGCAUCGCGUCAUGAGGCCUAGCGACUACACCGAGCUCUGAUUUCGCUCUUCGCUCUACCCAUGCAUCACUUUUCUUUUCUCUCUUUGGGUUUGGGAUGGGUUGCACAGAGUCUACCACGGUGUUCCGGAACGAGUCUUGGAUAGGAACCUUCUGCUCUGUCCACAUUGGGUUUUCUGGGGCAGCAGGACACGGCCUCAUGGAUCCGGAGUUUACGACU